CACACGACGUAAUGCUACCAUAUGUGAUCAUUCAUGACUAAUACUUACGUGAUUUUAAUAUUCAACUAUAUACGUACGUAACUUGGUGGGGCAAAACAGAGAUUGUUGAUGCAAUGUCGACGGGAUACAAACCUACUCAAAAGAGAUACGGUGGGAAACCAUCUGAAAUGGGGUAUAAACCCGCACAGACGGGGUACAAUGUAAAACAUUCAGAUAUGGGCUAUAAACCAGAUAAGACGGGAUACACUAAAAAGCAAUCAGAGAUUGGUUUAUAUAAUGGUGUAAAUCAAUCAAAGAUGGCGUACAAACCUGUUGAGACGUCAUAUAACAAACCAUAUGAACGUAAAUCAGAUGGUAAAAAUAAUCCAAAUAAACACAAGGAAGUCACACCGCCUGAAAAUCAAAACAAAGAAAACGAAAAUAAAAUUGGAGAAGAGGACAAAAACAACGAUCAACAAGUACAAAAUCAUGAAGUGAAAGACAAUAAGAAUGGUGAGAGUAAAACAAAAGAUGAUAAAAACAGUGGAGAAAAUGACAUUAAGAACGAUGACAGUAAAUACAAAGAUGAUAAAUAUAGUGGUGAAAGCGAUGAUAAGAAUGGUGAGAGUAAAAUCAAAGAUGACAAAUAUAGUGGUGAAAAGGACAAGAAUUAUGAAGGGGAAAACAAGGAUGAUAAAUACAGUGGUCAAAAUGACGAUAAGAAUGGAGCUAAAUCAAAAGAUGAUACACGUAUUGAUGAAAAAGACGAUAAGAAUAUUAAUAAGGGGAACAUUACCAAUGAGGACUCUCGAACAUCACAAAUUAAUCCUGUUGCAAUAGUUGCCGUUGGUCAGUCUAGAAAUGAUCAUGAGAACGCCACUCCACAAAAACAAACUCUUAAUGAUGAACACCCUUCAGGAGUACAUAGCUAUUCCAAAAAAGAUGCAAAUAAAUCCAAGAAACAGUCUUCUAAAAAGGCACCUGUAACUGCAGUGGUAGCUGCUAAUAAGAUGAAACGUAGUAGUCCUGGGUUUUACAAAGGGCAAAUUGGUUACACACCAACUAAUGGGAAUUAUUCCGGCUAUACACCACAGGGAUAUACAUCGACAACGUACAAACCAACCGAGCGCCUAAAAUGUACGAAGAGACAAGUGGGAUACCACCCAGAUCAGAUCAAGUAUGAACCGAACGAUGACUACUACACUCUCACCAGAAAAGUCAUGGCGACCCACAGAGCCAGGAAAAACAGAGAAGAUGAAUCCAGGAAACAGGAACAGCAAAACCAAGAUAACAAAGAAGCUCAGGACAACUUGGAUAACAUCGCACGUCAGGAACAAAGUAAAGAACCUUUCUAUCCAACGGAAAAUGAAGAAGAGAAAAAGAACUACGAUGUUGCUCCUGUACACGUUGCUGCACUCGCAAAGAGAGGAACAAAGUCCUCUCCAUAUCCUACACAAACGUAUCUACCUGGUCAACUCGAUGAUUAUAACGAGCAACAAAGGAAGUGGAUGGCACUGCACCAUCUCCAUAAACAACAACAUCAGCAGUAUCCACAUGAUCCUCAGCCAAUACAAGUUCCCGAUCAACAACAAAUAGUUCAACAUGAGGAACAUCCCAAAAAUGAAGACCUUGCCAAACAAGAGGAGCAACAACAAAAACAGCCAGAGCAACCACAGGAACAACAUCAAGAGAUGCAAACACAGCUACAACAGCCUGCACCACAGGUAAUAUUACUGCAGCAGUCUCAACAGCCCACCACAGACCAAGAAUGGCAGCAACAGCAACUGAAACAGCAACAGCUCCAAUGGGAGCAACAACAACAACGGGAGCGUGAACAGUUGGAUAGACAAAGAGAGCAACAGGAGCAAUGGCAGAAGGAGCAACAACAGCAGCUUAAACAACAACAGGAACAAUGGCAACAGCAGCUGAAACAACAGCAAGACCAAUGGCAGGAAAUGCAACGACAACUUCAGCAGUCUGCAAAACAAAAAGCAGACGACGACGGUGCAAGACUAAAUCCCUCUUUGGGUGCAGUUGCAGUAGUAGCUGCAAGGAAUACUCAAUCAGGCCCAAACGAUAAUAGAGAUGCUCAGCAGCAACUGGAACAACAACAGCAUCAGGAACGAGAACAGUGGCAAAAACAGCAGGCGCAGCAACAACAACUGCAACAACAGCAAUGGGAACAGCAACAGAAACAAUGGCAGCAACAGCAGGAACAGUGGCUACAACAACAAAAACAGCAACAGGAGCAAUGGCAACAAAUGCAACAGCAAAAGUUGGAGACUGUAAAACAGGCGGAACCAGAUGACAACCAAGCAAGAUCACACCCACCCAUGGCAGCUGUCGCACUUUUGAAAUCACGAGAUGAUCGACCAAAAUCAAGUGACAACAGAAAAACAAAAAAAUGGGAAGAGCAACAGCGAUUAGAGAGAGAAAAGUGGGAGAAGCAACAAGAACAACAGCUGAGGCAACAAUGGGAGGAUCAACAAAAACAGUGGCAGCAACAACAGCAGGAACAAUGGCAACAGCAACAACAACAGCAGAAGGAACAAUGGGAACAAAUGAAAAAGGAGAUGGAACAACAGCAUCAGAUGCAACAACAACAGUUAGAAGCAGCAAAACAAAAUGAACAAAACAACCGAGGAAGGUCGCCUCCUCCAGUGGCAGCACUUGCACUUUUAAACUCAAGAGAUAAUCGACCAAAUACAAGAGACAGCAGAAGGGAGAGAGAACGGGAGAAGGAACAACAACGGGAGAGAGAACAGUGGCAAAAGCAACAAGAGCAACAACAGGAACAAUGGCAGAAACAACAAGAACAAUUUCAACAACAGCAAAAACAACAGGAAGAACAAUUACAACAAAUGCAGAAACAAUUGGAACAACAGCAACAAUUACAACAACAACAAAUGCAGCAAAAACAGACAGAGAUAGAAAAAGAGGAGAAUGACACCCAAGCACGAUCCCAUGCACCAGUUGCAGCUGCUGCAGUCAUUGGAGUGGCCAAGAAGAAUGAGAACAAUGAUGAACAAAAGUCUAUAAAAAAAGUGGAAGAUAAAAAUACAAAUGGCAUUGAUAAAGAAACAAUAGCCACCUCUGACGAGACAGAAUCAUCAAAUAACAAAGACAAACCUAAUGAGGGUCAUAAAGAUACAAUAUCUAAAAAUGACUCGAAUGAAAAAGAAUUGGACGUUAAUGCUGUCGUGAUUGGUGCCGGGGCAGCUGUGGCUAUUGAUGAAGGGAAAAGGGACAAUGAAAAACAUAUCAACAAGGACACCUCCAAUGAAGAUAGGACAGAAACGAAGACUGAAAGAGAAUCUCCACAAAUCAAAACUGAAACCUCUAAAUCGACAAAUGAAACUUCUGAGAAUGAAGAUUCUAAAACAAAAGAUGAAACUUCUAUAACUAAAAGUGAGACUUCUGAAAACAAAGAUGAAACAUUGGAAAGUAAAGAUGAAAUGACAAAAAGCAAGGAUGAAACUGCUGAAACAACAAAUGAAACAAAAGAUGAAACUUCCGAAACCAAAGAAGAAACUGUCAAGAGUAAAGAGGAAACUUCACAAAGCAAGGAUGAAACUUCUGAAACAACAAAUGAAACGACUGAAACAAAAGAUGAAACUUCCAAUACCAAAGAAGAAACUGUCAAGAGUAAAGAGGAAACUCCACAAAGCAAUGAUGAAACUUCUGAAAUGACAAAUGAAACUACUAAAACAAACAUUGAAAUGUCAAAUGACAAAGAUGUUGCAAUGAUAAGUGCAGCUGACACUGCUGUGAACUUAGAUUCAGUGGGGUCAUCUAAAGAACAAAGGGUGGAUGAUAUUGAUGUGGAUGUUGCAAUAGACAAUGAUGAAAGUGCAAGGCUUCCAGGAACACCAGAGGCUGUCUCUAGAGUAACUCCUGAACCACCAGUUAAUGAAACCCAAAUAGAAGAUGAUACCAGUGAAAAUGUUGAGAUUCCAUCAUUAAAUCCAUCAAGAGCUGAGCAGGCUGGCAAAACUUUGAACAGCAUCAUGAAGACGAUGCAGAAAUAUAGAUUUAAGUAGCAUUCAAGAGACCAUGUAAUGUGUCCAUAUGAAGAGUGUAUAUAAGUUACCUGGUAUCAUUGCCCUUUAGGACAGAAAUACAAAUACCAAUGUUACCUUGUACGUGGAUUUGAAUACCUUACUAAAAGAAAUAUACUCACGGACUGUAUCAUAAAUGUCUCCACUUAUAUUCUACUUAAGGAGCUUACCAAAGUUGCCUACAAUUUAUGAUAAAAUAUAUAAUUACUUUUGGGGUUGUACUCCCAUCAAAUACCAAACUGAACAAAAACACAACAGUUUCAUUUCUA